AUCAGUGCCUGAGUACGCACUUACAUCCGACAAUGUAUUCAAUAUCAGUGGGAACAGCUGAUCGGUUAGUAAACGUAAUCUGUAUUCAAUGGGCGUUCGCAAAUAAAAAUAGAGGAUAAUCGUACGGCACCGUAAGUAAUGAUAGUUGUUUUCUACGACUAUUUUCUCUGGGCCCGGCUGCGUGACAUCGCUACCUACUUCGGUUCAGUGGUGGCCGUUCGGAAAUGCACCGAGCGGCGGCGGCCGCGGCGAUUCCACCUUCGAUCGUGGAAGCACGCACACCAGUCACCUGCUGCCGAUCUUGCUCGCAACACGUGCCGAUACAGAAUCGCGAGAUGCCGCGGUACGGCGAUACGGAACACGCGAUGCACUAUCAUUAAAUUGAUCGAUAAACGUUCAAAAACUUACGGCCGAAGAUUGUAACCUUAGCCUAUACUCUGUUUUUUUUUUUUCGAAUUGGUGCGGUUUGUGUGUGUUCUGUAUGAACAAUAAAUUCAUGUGUUUUUUAGUGCUUCUUCUUGAGACCUUCGCUUAGGAUUGCUUUAUCAAUGCGGGAUUAGUUAGCAUUUGGUCUCAAGAAGAAGUAAAAUUAUCUACUUAUGUGCGUAUAGUUAAAAUGUGAUUGACAUAAGAAGAACGAGGUACCAGCAAAAUGUGCAGCAAGGAUCAUAUUGGUCAUAUUCUGGGCAAGAUCAAUGUGGGUCUGCCGUCGUGGUCCCGCGGGCUGGAGGCGGCGGAGGCAGCACGCGCGCGCCUCGUGCGCUGGGCGUGCGGCGAGCCCCCCGCGCAACCUGACCCACCACGCAAGAAGAUGCCGCAUGCGUUGCGACGCCGAUGGCCCCUAUGCCCGUGUUUACAGAAUGAUGAACCACCCGAGAUUACAUACUGCGUGGUGGGCGGAGAAGGCGGUUUGGCACUACAGGCCGUCACUCCCACCCAUCCUAUGCCGCCGCAAGAUGAGCUGGACGCAAAGUUCGCGGAGCUGGUGGAGGAACUAGAUCUGACUGCGGUGAAUAAGGCCGCGAUGAUGGAGCUGCCGGCCGCGAAGAAGUGGCAGAUAUACUGCAGUCGGAGGCCACCACCGGGACAAGCCCCUCCGCUAGCCACCGCUCCGCAAGUCGAGGAGUAUAUCAAGGCGCUCAAUGAGAUCGCUGACGCUUUUGCCUCAUCCGAUGGUAUCCCUGCGGCGGAGACAUGCGCUCUCGUCGAGGGUCUGAAGACAGCACUGCGGACGCGCGCCCAUAGCUUCGUGUUGCGCUUCGUGAAGCAAGGCGGGCUUGGUGCGCUCCUGGAUGCGUUACAACGUGCGCCUCGGGACGACGCCGCCAUGAGGCAUAACCUUAUAGCAGCCAUCAAAGCACUUAUGAAUAACUCUACUGGCCGUGCACACGUACUAGCACACCCAACUAGCAUAGAUCUCAUCGCACAGUCCCUCGAUACGGAGAAUGUGAAGACGAAGGUAGCCGCUCUCGAAAUAUUAGGAGCCGUCUGCUUAGUACCCGGUGGCCAUAAGAAGGUGCUAGAAGCUAUGGUGCAUUUUCAAAAGUACGCAGGCGAGAGAGCCCGUUUCCAAGGUGUCAUCAACGAGCUGGAUCGCAGCGUGGGCGCGUACCGUGACGAGUUAGGUGUGAAGACAGCGGUCAUGUCAUUCAUCAAUGCAGUUUUAAAUUAUGGCGCCGGCGAGGACAGCCUCGAGUUCAGAUUGCACCUGCGAUACGAGCUGCUAAUGCUGGGCAUACAACCAGUGAUCGAGAAGCUACGCAAAUACGAAAACGAGACCCUCGACCGGCAUAUCGAGUUCUUCGAGAUGGUCCGCAACGAGGAUGAGAAGGAGCUGGCGAGACGGUUCGAUAAAGAGCACGUCGACACCAAGAGCGCUACCGGAAUGUUCGAGCUGUUACGACGGAAACUGAGUCAUACAGCUGCUUAUCCGCAUCUGAUGUCACUUAUACAGCAUUUACUGCUACUGCCUUUGGAGUACAGUCCGCAUUCGCAGCACUUCUUGCUGUUAGACCGAGUUGUACAACAGCUGGUGCUCCAGCAGCCGACCGCUGGUAGUCGCGCUAACAGCGAACAGGGGAGCUUACGCGAUCUCAACACAGACCCUGCUAAGGUCUACGAUCCUGACGUGGCACCGCUAGAAAUCAACGUUGGUGAAAUAGUUCAUCUUUUGGCGAAAGAAGAAGAGCUGGUAGCAGCCAGAACGAAAGCUGAAAAUUUAGAAAAGGAAAAUGUCGAUAUGGCGACAGAACUCGCAAAGAAGGAGCGGCAGGUGGACCAACUAGCGCAGGAGAGGGAGGAGCUGGAGGGGGUCUCCGCGCGGCUCACCGAGCGGCUGGAGAGGGAGACGGCUGCGCAUAUGCAGUGUGCUGAGAGAGCGCGCGCCGCCGCCUGUCGAGCUCAUCAGCUGGAGCAACAGUUAUCUCAAGAAAGAGUAGAACGAGCGAGAUUUGAAAAACUAGUCAGUGAAGGAAGUAUACCGGACGACGCAAAGGUCAGCAAUCUCAAGAGCGCCGUAAUAGAAACUUGCACCGUUCCACCACCGCCUCCGCCACCGGCGUUACUCGCGCCCGCGCCACCCCCCGCGCCCGCUCCCCCUCCCGCCCCCCUCGCACCUUUAGCCCCUCUCCCCCCCGCCCCACCUAAACCGAAAAAGAAUGUCCCCACCCCCGGCAACCCAUUGAAAAGCUUCAACUGGAGUAAACUGCCCGAUACUAAACUCCACGGCACAAUAUGGCAGGAGUUGGAUGAUACGAAACUAUACAACGCUAUGGAUCUUCACACUAUAGACAAAAUGUUCUGCGCUUAUCAGAAGAACGGUGUACAGAAUGAAGGUUCCGUGGAAGAUCUACGCCAGUUAGGAGCGAAACCUCGUACGAAAAUAUUAUCUGUCAUCGAUGGGAGGAGAGCGCAAAACUGCACUAUACUGUUGUCCAAACUCAAGAUGACUGAUGAGGAAAUCUGUCGUGCCAUAUUACGCAUGGACUCCGGUGAGCAGUUACCCAUAGACAUGGUGGAACAACUCUUGAAGUUCACCCCGAGCGCUGAAGAAGCCGCGUUAUUGGAGGAACACCAGGACGAGCUGGACAGCAUGGCUCGUGCCGACCGUUUCCUAUAUGAGAUCUCUAAAAUCCCUCAUUACCAGCAGCGGGUACGUUCGUUGCUGUUCAAGAAGAAAUUCUCGGCAGCUGCGGCGGAGGCGAGUGCGCGUGCGCAGACUGUUUUAAGAGCGGCGCGAGAUAUGACGAGAUCGCGACGUCUCAAAGCGUUACUGGAGAUUGUGCUCGCACUAGGCAACUAUAUGAACAGGGGUGCCCGCGGUAACGCAUCCGGUUUCAGACUGUCGUCGUUGAACAAACUCGCCGACACAAAGUCUAGCGUGUCCAGAAAUACUACUCUACUUCAUUAUCUAGUCGAAAUGCUUGAAACGCCACAGUUCAAAGACAUCCUGCUGCUGGAGGAGGACCUACCGCACGUGCGAGCGGCUGCUAAAGUGUGCGUGGAACAGCUGGAGCGUGACGUCAGCGCGCUGCGAGCUGGACUGAGGGACGUGGCCCGCGAGCUGGACUACCACGCCUCCCUCCCCGCUCACCACCCCCACGACGCCUUCCACACGGUCAUGAGGGACUUCCACGCGCACGCCGUCUGCGCGUUCACGCAGCUCGAGGACCUGGCGCAGGACAUGAAGAGUAGACUAGAGUCGUGCGCGCACUCGUUCGGCGAGGAGGCGAGCGCGUCGCCGGAACAAUUGUUCGGCGCGAUGGACGCGUUCCUGACGCAGUUGGCGGAGGCGCGCGCCGAAUGUGACGCGGCGAGGCGGCGGCGCGACGAGGAGGAGAGGCGGACCAGGCACGAGCAGGAGUUGAAAAAGAGGACAAUGGAGCGCAAGCAAGCAUCGAGCCUUUUAAGCUCCGUAGGAAAAUCACUAGGAAAGAAUUCCGAUUGUAACGGACACGCGAACGGCGAUACAUCCCGAGAUGGCACCCUCACCAAUGGACAGAAAGGCGAGUUCGAUGACCUAAUAUCCGCUUUACGCACCGGUGACGUCUUCGGUGAUGACGUGGCAAAGUUCAAACGGUCCAGGAAGGCGUCCAAAACCUCCCAUAAAGGAAGGGAUUCACCGCCUAAAGGAAUUUGCAGAGAAGAUUCUAGGGAACGUCAGAAGAAUUGAAAAUAGGAAUUGUAUCACCUUCUAGGUGAGUAGGGAACAUGUUGAGACUUUUCAGUUCUAGGUACAUGAUUAGAACGAAGAAUAAACUAGCGAGUUGUAAACCUGUCACAAAUUCGAGAUUAGAAACGAGAGAUUUUUGAUGAAGUUAACAAAUGAGUUGUUUUGUAUUUUGUUUGUUAUGUCGACUCGUUUUCUUGUUGGUAAGGUGGAAAAGUAACCGGGGCUGGUCCAAUUUAUUAAUGAAGGUGCACUUUAACAUCAGUGACAACGAAAACGAAAUUGAAUGUAGCUGCCAUUUUUAUAAUUACUUUUAUACUUAUUGUGCUGUCGACACUUCACAAAGUAGGUGCCUAAUUUUAAACUUUUCUUAUUUAAGUUGUACACGAUCUUUUUGACGAUUUGGCUUUUGCUGGCUAUCGACUGAUCAAGUCAAAGACUGUGCAUGUUAUUCCAUAGAGAUAAUAAUUUAAGAUGUACUUAUAAGCGACGUGUGAUUUGAAUAACCAUAGAGUAGAGACCAGACAGUUUUGUAACAAUAGAUUUUGUAUCCAGUUUUCAAAUAAAGCAUACUCGUUUUCGUUAUGCAUGAUAGGUCCAUGAUCAUAUAUUAUGGUAAUAUAGUAAUAUUGAACUAAACAUUUGAUAAUGCGGUAUUUAAAACAAACUCAGUAGUUAGCGAAAUAUUUCGUCGAUCUUAUGAGUACUCUCAUUGUAAAAUUAUCGGUUUUUUAAAUAGUUUGUCUGAUCUAUCAGUCAUAAAUAUUUGUUUAAAAUUAAGAUAUUGUGCUGUUAUCUUAUUAAUAAUAAUUAAUAUAUGGGUUAGUUUUAUAUAUUGGUCUAAAUCUAUCAUGUCAUCCAAUGAUAGUGUGCCUAAAUUUUUUAAGAAUUUUUACGUUUAGAUAUUAAUCUAAUCAAUAUGCCGCGGCUACAACACUGUCAGUAUUUGACUUUGAUAUCAUAUUGGCCUCUUCUAAUGUAGUUUGAUGAUUAUAAAACAAUAAUAUCAUAUCUCUAUCGGCUACAAAUUAUACUCUAUUUAAAAAAAAAAAACACGAAGGAGUUGACAUAAAAUCUUUUUGGAUUUUUAAAUACGAUCACUUUGUGUGAAUAUAAAAAAAUGAGUCUUUAUUCCUAUAUUGUCAAAUAUCUAAGGAAUAGGGAAUCGAUAUAGACAGACCGAUUUCGAUCGAACAUAAAUUGAUUUUGGAGUUUUACAAUGAAUGUGUUAUUUGGACUGGUUAUACUAAUGCAUGUUAGUUGGAGUUUUUUGAUAAAUUUACAUUGUAAUUUUUUAUAUUGAUCUUAUAAAUCUUCAGCAUCUGAUUAAUUUAUUAUUUUUCUCUCACAGAAUGUGAUUAAACUAGAAAUAUUUUAAGUUGAUUGUAUAUAUAAUUUUAAUUUGCCGAAAUUUUGUUACCUUGAAUAUGUAAUGCAGAAAUUUGAUAAGUUAUUGAAAUUACUUAUCUAUAGAAGUUUAUCAAGUGUAAAUUUUAUUGUUUUGUUCAGUAUUGCAUAAGCGAAUAGUAUAUUAAUAUAAUGAUUAUUAUACCUAUAGAAAUUAUUUAAAUUAAAAUCCUUAAAACAA